UCUCUCUGUAAAGCGGCGGAGUGAGCCCUCCACUAUGAGGCAGCCAAGAGACGAUCUGUGUCUGAUGUGAGCCGUCGUGUGUUUCGGCUGCCAGCAGAGAGACCCGGAGAAGCUGCAGGAUGGGGAAGAAACAGAAGAAAUCCGGAGAUGACAGUGCCAAAGACGACGGCAUCGACAUCGACGCUCUGGCGGCAGAGAUCGAAGGAGCCGGAGCCUCCAAGGAGCCAAAAGGGAAGAAGAAGAAGAAAGGAGUCAAAAAGGAUGAGUUUGACGAGGAUGACAUCCUGAAGGAGUUGGAGGAGUUGUCUCUGGAGACCCAGGGGGCGAAGGCAAAGAAAUCAGACCCUGCAGAGGAGGUGGAGGUCGAGCCUCCCAAACCAGAGAAGAAGAAGACCAGGAAGGGGAAGAAGGGCGGAGCCAGCCCUGAGGAGGAGGAGGGCGAUGAAGGUCAGGUUGAUGGAGAGAGGAACGGAGAGCAGAAAGAUAACAAGAAGGCGCCUCCUGCGGCGCCUCCCUCUGACUCUGAGGACGACAGCGGCUCGUGUUCUCGCCUCAAAACCAAAGCAGCGAAGAAAGGAGACAAAAAAAUGUCGGUGUCAGACGACGCGGAGGACAAAGACGAGGGCGAAGGCGUGAAGAGAGGAGGCGGGAAGGAGGACGGCCAGUCGGAGGACGAGGAUGAUUUGGCCUCCAGGCGAGACAAGAAGAAGAAGAACAAAGGCAAGGCGGCGAAGGCGGAGAGCGAGGAUGAGGAGGAGCAGCAGGAGGAGGGAGGCUUCAAGAUGAAGACGGCAGCGCAGAAGAAGGCGGAGAAAAAGGAGAGGGAGAAGAAGAAGAAGGAGGAGGAGAGGAUGAAGCAGAGGAAGCUGAAGGAGAAAGAGGCCGGCGUGGAGGCCAAGACGGAGCCAGAGAAGAAGACGGCAGAGGAGGCUGCUCCUCCCGCAGACCUGAUGGAGGAACAGGAGGGGGCGGAGCCAGCGGUGGAGGAGGAGGCCGAGGGCGACAAGAAGAAGAAGGACAAGAAGAAGAAGAAGGGGGAGAAGGAGAAGGAGGAGAAGAAGAAGGGACCCAGCAAGGCCACGGUGAAGGCCAUGCAGGAAGCGCUGGCCAAGAUGAAGGAGGAGGAGGAGCGAGCCAAGAGGGAGGAGGAGGAGCGGCUGCAGAGGCUGGAGGAGAUGGAGAAGCAGCGGCAGGAGCAGGAGCGUCUGGAGCAGGAGCGCAAGGAGAAGAAGAAGCAGAAGGAGAAGGAGAGGAAGGAGCGUCUGAAGAAGGAGGGGAAGCUGCUGACCAAAACCCAGAGGGAGGCUCGAGCUCGGGCCGAGGCCACGCUCAAGCUGCUGCAGGCUCAGGGUGUUGAAGUGCCAUCCAAAGACUCGAUGCCAAAGAAGAAGCCGGUUUACGGAGACAAGAGGAAGAAGAAGCCCACCGCUCAAACUCCUGAAGAAAAGUCAGAGGUGACUUCGCCGACGUCCGAGACACCAGAGCCUGUUGCCGUUGAGACGGAAGCUGAGAGGCCGGCGGCGGAGCCAGAGGUGAAGCCGGACGCUGCCGUGGACGACUGGGAGGCCAUCGCCACUGAUGAGGAGAAAGAGUUGAAGAAAGUCCACAUCGAGGUGAAGGAGGAGGUCACUGCUCCUCCUCUGCCUGCAGGCAGUGAGGAAGACGAGGAGGAGGAAGACGAGGAAGAGGACGACGAUGAUGACGAGGAAGACGACGAUGAAGACGACGAGAGCGAGGAGGAGGGGGAGAAGGAGGCGACAGUGGCGAGUCAGGGGAAAGGGAGGCCGGCGAAGGAGAGCGAGGACGACAGCAGCGACAGCGAGGACGACGACAGGACGAAGGAGGAGCGGCUAUACGACCGAGCCAAAAGGAGGAUCGAGAAACGGAGAGCGGAGAACCUGAAGAACACAGACGUGGACCGACUGAGAGCACCGGUGGUCUGUGUGCUCGGACACGUCGACACCGGGAAGACCAAGAUCCUCGACAAGCUGCGACACACUCAUGUCCAGGACGGCGAGGCCGGCGGAAUCACUCAGCAGAUCGGAGCCACGAACGUCCCGAAAGAGACGAUCGAGGAGCAGACGAGGAUGGUUAAAAACUUUGACAAAGAGAACCUGAGGAUCCCCGGCAUGCUGAUCAUCGACACACCAGGACACGAGUCCUUCAGUAACCUGAGGAACCGCGGCAGCUCUCUGUGCGACAUCGCCAUCCUGGUGGUGGACAUCAUGCACGGCCUGGAGCCUCAGACGCUCGAGUCCAUCAACCUGCUGAAGGAGAAGAAGUGUCCCUUCAUCGUCGCCCUCAACAAGGUCGACCGCCUGUACGACUGGAAGAGGAGUCCGGAGACCGACAUUGUGGCCACGCUGAAGAAGCAGAAGAAGAACACCAAGGACGAGUUCGACGAGAGAGCCAAGGCCGUCAUCGUGGAGUUCGCUCAGCAGGGUCUUAAUGCCGCCUUGUUCUACGAGAACAAAGACCCCCGCACAUUUGUGUCGUUGGUUCCGACCUCGGCCCACAGCGGCGACGGGAUGGGAAACCUCAUCGCCCUAUUAGUCGAGCUCACCCAGACCAUGUUAGCCCGCCGGCUAGCGCACUGCGACGAGCUGCGGGCGCAGGUCAUGGAGGUGAAAGCUCUGCCCGGCAUGGGAACCACGAUAGACGUCAUCCUGAUCAACGGCUGUCUGCGGGAGGGAGAGACCAUCAUCGUCGCAGGGGUGGAGGGACCAAUCGUAACGCAGAUCAGAGGCUUGCUGCUGCCCCCCCCUCUAAAGGAGCUCCGAGUCAAGAGCCAGUACGAGAAGCACAAGGAGGUGUCGACGUCUCAGGGUGUGAAGAUUCUGGGUAAAGACCUGGAGAAGGCUCUGGCAGGGCUCCCCCUGCUGGUGGCUCACAAGGAGGACGAGAUCCCCGUCCUGAGGGACGAACUGGUGCGAGAGCUGAAGCAGACGCUGAGCUCCAUCAAACUGGAGGAGAAGGGAGUUUAUGUCCAGGCGUCCACGCUGGGAUCGCUGGAGGCUCUGCUGGAGUUCCUCCGGACCUCCAAAGUCCCCUACGCGGGCAUCAACAUCGGUCCAGUUCAUAAGAAGGACGUGAUGAGGGCGUCGACGAUGCUGGAGCACGACGUACAGUACGCGGUGAUCUUGGCGUUUGACGUGAAGGUGGAGAGGGAGAGUCAGGAGAUGGCCGACAGUCUGGGAGUUCGGAUCUUCUCGGCUGAAAUCAUCUACCAUCUGUUCGACGCCUUCACCAAGUACAGAGAGGACUACAAGAAGGCCAAACAGGACGAGUUCAAGAACAUAGCUGUGUUCCCGGUGAAGCUGCGAGUUCUUCCUCAGUUCAUCUUCAACUCCAGAGAUCCCAUCGUGAUGGGCGUCUCCGUCGAGGCCGGGGUCCUGAAACAGGGGACGCCGCUCUGCGUCCCCAGCAAAGGGUUUGUGGACAUCGGCGUGGUCACGAGCAUCGAAAUGAAUCACAAGUCCGUCGACAGUGCCAAGAAAGGCCAAGAGAUCUGCAUCAAGAUCGAGCCCAUUCCCGGAGAGUCGCCCAAGAUGUACGGCCGCCAUUUUGAAGCCACCGACCUGAUGGUCAGCAAGAUCACGCGGGCGUCCAUCGACGCUCUGAAGAACUGGUUCAGAGACGAGAUGCAGAAAACUGACUGGCAGCUGAUCAUGGAGCUGAAGAAGACCUUCGAGAUCAUCUGAAGGACCUGAAACACAAACACACACCCGCACACACACACACACACACACACACACACUCCUCCUCCCUUUUGAAGACACGACGGCGGCGGCGGCGGCGACGACUAAGGAAGGACAAAAAAAAUUAAACAAAAAUGACCUAAAAAAGAGGUGAAAGUGUUUUUCUGUGAGAAACGAACCGUUUUUUCCACUGUUGUAAACAGUGAUAGUUUAGCCCACACACACACUCAGUAUUCCAACGUGCCUGUUCUUCAGCAUCGACGUUGUGUUAUUAGUUUCUCUUCUUCUCUGCUCUCAUUUGUGGCUGCUGAUUCGUGUCCCAGGCUCCGCCCCUCCCCUCCUUUCUAGACUGAGGCUUAACGAGGCCGACAGAGCCAAACCAGGUGCAUUAUGGGAUUGUGUUGAGCAGCACCGGGGCUGGAGGAGGAGGAGGAGGGAAAUAAAUGGGGUUUUCUUUUCACAAAACACCGAAUCAUCGAAGCAGCGGCAGACGGCGUCGACUUUAAAGACUUUAAAGAGCAGACUGAGCAUCGACUGCUUCGCUGUGCGGUCUGUCGGCCAUGUUGGAGGGCAAAGGGGGGGGGGGGGGUUUAAGUGACAGAGUGUCACCUCUGGAAGAUUUUAAACUGUUUUUGCUGCAACUGCUGAUGUAAUAAAUUCCCAUGAUUCUGAUGAAACCUG